CCGCACUGACGGCCCAUGGCGCCGCCCGCCGCCCGCCUCGCCCUGCUCUCCGCCGCCGCGCUCACGCUGGCCGCCCGGCCCGCGCCCAGCCCCGGCCUUGGCCCCGGACCCGAAUGUUUCACAGCCAACGGUGCAGAUUACAGGGGAACGCAGAACUGGACGGCACUGCAAGGUGGGAAGCCAUGUCUGUUCUGGAACGAGACUUUCCAGCAUCCUUACAACACUCUGAAGUACCCCAACGGGGAGGGGGGCGUGGGCGAGCAUAACUACUGCAGAAACCCAGACGGUGACGUGAGCCCCUGGUGCUACGUGGCAGAGCACGAGGACGGCGUCUACUGGAAGUACUGCGAGAUCCCCACCUGCCAGAUGCCUGGAAACCUUGGCUGCUACAAAGAUCAUGGAAACCCACCUCCUCUAACUGGCACCAGUAAAACAUCUAACAAACUCACCAUACAAAACUGCAUCAGUUUUUGUCGAAGUCAAAGGUUCAAGUUUGCUGGGAUAGAGUCGGGCUACGCUUGCUUCUGUGGAAACGACCCUGAUUACUGGAAGUACGGGGAGGCAGCCAGUACUGAGUGCAGCAGCGUCUGCUUCGGGGACCACACCCAGCCCUGUGGGGGCGAUGGCAGGGUCAUCGUCUUCGACACUCUGGUUGGCGCCUGUGGUGGGAAUUACUCGGCCAUGACCUCUGUGGUGUAUUCCCCUGACUUUCCCGAUGCCUAUGCCGCGGGGAGGGUCUGCUAUUGGACCAUCCGGGUCCCAGGAGCUGCUCACAUCCACUUCAACUUCACCUUGUUUGAUAUCCGGGAUUCUGCAGACAUGGUGGAGCUGCUGGAUGGCUACACCCACCGCGUCCUGGUCCGUUUCAACGGGAGAAACCGCCCACCUUCAUCUUUUAACAUCUCUCUGGAUUUCAUCAUUUUGUAUUUCUUCUCUGAUCGCAUCAAUCAGGCCCAGGGAUUUGCCGUCUUAUACCAAGCCAUCAAGGAAGACCCACCACAGGAGAAGCCCACUGACAACCAGAUGCUGGCCGAGGUGAUCACGGAGCAGGCCAACUUCAGUGUGAGCGCUGCCCGGUCCUCCAAAGUCCUCUAUGUCAUCACCACCAGCCCCAGCCACCCACGCCAGACUGUGCCAGGAUGGACAGUGUACGGCCUGGCAACACUCCUCAUCCUCACAGUCACAGCCAUUGUAGCAAAGAUACUUCUGCACAUCACGUUCAGAUCCCAUCGCGUUCCUGCCUCGGGGGACCUUAGGGAUUGUCAUCAACCAGGGACGUCAGGGGAAAUUUGGAGCAUUUUUUACGAGCCUUCUACUUCGAUUUCCAUCUUUAAGAAGAAGCUCAAGUGUCAGAGUCAACCAGAUGACCGUAAUCCUCUUGUGAGUGACUAAAAGCUCCCCCUCUGUGCCCAGGACACGGCAUCCCUCUGCACUCGAUGCCCCUGGGGACUGCCUCUCCCAUGGUUUCCUUCCACCGACUCUUCCCUGCCUCGCCUUUGGCCUCCUCUGGGGCAGCAGUCUUCCGACUGGGCGGGCACCUGACACAGGGGCCACUUGGCCUGGGUUCAACCUGCUUCAUCACCACACUCAGGAGAGAGACUCAAGGACCCCGGUCUGUGCCCUCUGCCUCUCACUCUGAUCUAGGAGCGGGGGUUGGGACAACGGGGCCUGAGGUGACGGGGUGAUUGUGUCAGGCAUGGGGCUCAGGUACAUUCUAGACAACUGCCAGGUAGUGGGUAAGUAGCACUUCUCAGUUUUGUCCAUGCACAGAUGGCUUUCUCCUGGUCUUUCUGCUUUGGAACAGGCCAGGCAGAGAGAGUUCUGAGGCUUUCCCGAGGGGUGGCCUGGUCCGGUACUCCUGGGUGUUAGCCGCCCCACCCAUGAUGUAGGCCCAUGCUCUGCGCUGGCUCUGGGCUCUGGGCAAGGAUGGGUCUCCUCCAACUUGGAAGGCCGUCAGGUCAAACCUGACACCUUCACCCGCGGCUACUUUCUAUGGCUUCUUUGUGCAGCUUGGUGACCAGCAGAUAGGAUUGAGGGAUGGUCAUAAGAAAUGUCCAGCCAUCUAUUCACACAGCAGACUUCACUGAAAGCUUUUAUAGGUGCUCAGUAACUCCUCACUGGGUUUGCUGGCCUUGUCCCUGAGCAGCUUGAGGUCCCGUGGAGCCCAAGCCAAGCCCCGUCUGGUGACUCCUAAGCUGCCUCUCUGUUCAGAACAGUGUAUAAGGCGGAGCAUCCAGGCAGCGUCUUAUGACCCCAGGCACCAGCAGUCCCUCCUUUAAUUUUCCCUCCUUUUAAAAGAGGAUGAGAAAUUCCCCAUGGCCUGGGCGUUCGGUGGUCUCCAUGCCCCUUCUUAGGGUGGGCUUUGGAAUGGCUUGGUGGGGAAGGAGAAGGCUCUUGUCUCUGGUCCCACAUCCCCUACACCACCACCCCCCUGACCUGACCCAGAGGGGAGCCACAGAGAGUGGUGUGCAGAGUGCAGAGGGAGGGCGUGGGAACUGGAGCCCCUCCGGGAGAGGCCUCCGGAGAUGGAGAGCUGCAGCUGCAGCGGCCGUGGGUGGUAGAGUCAGUGCCAUCCCUCACAGCAGCUGGGAGGAGGGCCCGGCCCCCGCGGGUGGGCCUGGCCUUUGUCAGAGAGAGGCUGUCCUGUGGGCACGUAGGCCUCGGGCCUCACUGCUCCCUGUUUGGGCACUUUGCCCCCCUCCCCCAGCCCCUGGGCUACUCCUCGUUUGGCCUUCCCUGGGGGUCUGCCACACUGGCAGCUGUCUGUACCCGGCUCCCAGAAAGACACAGGGCCACAUGGGGCCGCAGGGAGGUGACCCCAGCAGCCAGAGACGCUGGGAGCUGGCAGGAGGGGAGAGUCAGAGUGGGAGAUGCAGCAAGCCCGCAGGAGGCGGGGGGUCACUGCCCCAGGCCCUGGGGAGGCUUUGAUCUGGAAAGGCAGUUCCCCCGGAGCAGCUGUCUGCCGGCCCCUGGGAUCUGGAGACAGGCCUGCCACGUGCAAGGACCACUGGGAUGUAUGGCAUGUGCAGUCUCCCCUCCAAGCUAUUCCCGGCCUUUGUGGAAUCUCCUCUCAAACACAAGUGUCAGGUGUGUGCGGUCACUAGGUCCCUGAGCAACACAGAGGGAAUGUGGGAUCGCGGCCGGAAGGGCUCUGCCUGACCAGGAGCAGUUGCUCGAAGCCGCGGGCUCCCUCUGAUCACUGGCCCUGGUGCGUCCUGUGGGCCCACCUGCUGUCGUCACACUUGGUGACUUCAGGUCACCGUAUGUCUGAGCAGCCGGAGGAGCCCUUUAUCAGAGAUCCCCAAGGUGCUGGAAGUCCAGUGCUAUCCUUCCUGCCACCCCAGGUGCAGCCCAGUGACCCAGGAUCCACUUACCAUCCCAGGAGCAGCCCUGGAAACCCACACUAGCCUCAGGAUGGCACAGGGGGAGAGGGCCAUAAAUUGUCCCAGGCCGAAGUCUGUAAGCCUGACCUGGCCAUGGCCUUGGCUGGAACCUGUCAGUCACCUGCCCAGAGGGGCCCCCUGCACCUAAGUAAACACUUGAGACACAAAUUAUCCCAGAAGAGGGGAGGUCUUUACACCUAGGAACACCCAAGGGGGCAGCAUUUGAUCUGCUAAGAAACCACUUCAGAGGCGAGAAAGUAGGGGUUGGAGGGGACUGGAAAGGGUGACCCUGAGAAAAGCACACGACACGGGCUUAGGUAAGAGGAAGUGUAGAGGCUCCGGGGACCCUGGUGGAUCAAACAUUCCUGCCCAUGGGGUGAUGGGGUGCUACCGGGACCCAGGCCCCCCCUCAGCCCACACCCUACUCUGGCCAGCUGGGGAGCCUGGCCUCUUAGCCCCUGGAGAAGGCGAACAGGGCUCGUGUUCUUCCCCAAGUGGCCAAUGGCACACAGAACAGAGAAGGAAGAGGAAUGAACCCAGGUGCCCGCACAUCAGAACAGGGUUGAGGCCCCCCCGCCCCGCUUUCUGGGCAUGAGCGAGGUAACCAGGUUGCUGUAACUUCUGAAGUGUGGGCUCUGGCUCAAGACUCCAGUCGGCCAGAAACCCACAGAGAUCAGAGCACUUGCAGGCGCAGCUGUCCUGGCCCUUCUGCCAAACCCAGGGGGGAGGGGGCGGGCCCCUCCCCAACUGCUGCUCUGCCCAUUGUCAGCCCCUGGCAGGAGUGGUCGGACCUGCCUGCUCCGUAUCCAGCCAGGUCGUCCUGACCCCAGUGUCACCACGCCCCUGUGAGUCCUGGCACUUCAUCUUCCCAAGCACUUGCAGGUGGACGGCCUCUGAGGUCGGCCCCUGGUCUGACCACACCCCGGCCUCCCGUGGAGCCGGGCCGGCCCACGGCCCACAGCCCUCUUGGUUCCCAGUCUCUCUUGCUGUUUGAUGUCUGCUUUUGCUGCCACCUUGGGAAUGUUUAACCUUCUGAUUGUUUCCUCUGGUGUCUCGUUUACCUUCCUCACUGUUCUACCUCCUGGCUGGGGCUCUCAGCUUAGCCGCCCUGGUGUGGGGUGUUUCUCUUCCAGCCGCAGCUGCCUCCCCUCAGGCUGGCCAGCUCAGGGGGACGGGGCCUCACCCUCGGCCUGCAGACCCCGGGGGGCCCAUCUCCUAGGUUCCCGUCUUGCCGAGUUGAACACACUCAAUGAGGCAGCAGUGGGGUGUGGGGGAAAGUCCAGGUCAGUCUGCUGCUUCAGAAAGGACGUGUCGCCAGGGGUCCUCACGGCGUCAGGACCGCCCACACCCAGACUCACCUUCCCAAGGGGCUCCUGACUCUGGAUGACAAGGCUUUACCUGUAAAUACGCUCUUAAUAUGCAACUUUGAGAAUAAAAUAGAAACAUCAUGUAUUUUAAAAUAUAAGAUGAAGUGUGACGCACUGUAUACAAUUUAAUAUAUAUUUUUAGGAUUUUGUUAUUUAAGAAAAUGGAAUGUAAUGGUACUUAACUUUUACAAAAGAAAGAAAAAUGUUAUUUUUACCGUCUGGAGAAAAUAAAUAUUCUCAUUGUUGUAGAAACCA